AUGGUUGCAUACUUGGAAAGGGUAAGAAGCUAUUUGGAGCAAUUGGUGGAAUAUAGCAUAGAGCAAAUCCCGAGAGAGAGGAAUACCCAUGUUGAUGCCCUUGCGAAGCUGGCUUCCCCUAAAGAUGGAGAUACCCUCGAAUUAGUGCCUGUAGAAUACUUACCAAGGUCAAGCAUUGUCAAUCCAGACGUUCACAUGGCCAGCUUCCCGAAGGAGUCGUGGGCCAGCCCGAUUAUAGACUACCUAAAGGAUGGAGUGGUGCCAACAGACAAGAGGGAGGCUCGGAGGCUAGUUUAUAAGGCAGCCCGAUACACCUUGGUAGAUGGGAUCUUAUACAAGAGGGGGUAUUCUGUGCCACUCUUGCGAUGUGUUGAUGAGGAAGAAGCUGUGAAGGUACUAUAUGAAAUACAUGAGGGUGAAUGUGGCAACCAUGCAAGUGGACCAUCCACGGCUCGAAAAGACAUGAGGCAAGGAUUUGGAGUGCCCUACAAGAUUAUUUCUGACAACGGCACUGAGUUUGAAGGGGAAACGUUCGAGGAGUACUGUAGGGAAAGAGACAUAAGGAGAAGCUUCUCGGCUGUUGUGCAUCCACAGGUCAAUGGGCAGGUGGAGGCCAUUAACAAAGUCCUAAAGAGGAACUUAAAAACAAAGCUAGAGAAGAUGAAAGGUGCUUGGGUCGAGGAGUUACCAAACGUGCUUUGGGCCUACAGAACCACUCCAUGCACUACCACUGGAGAUACCCCUUUCUCCUUAGCAUAUGGAUGUGAGGCUGUCCUCCCGAUUGAGAAGAAGGUUAACUCCUACAGGAUACAGGCAUACGAGGACCAGGUCAACCAUGUGGAAAUGGCCGGAAGCUUGGACUUGCUAGAAGAGAGAAGGGAAAAUGCGCAAACGAGGGUGGCGGUUAUGUUAUCUUAG